UUAAAACGUUAACCGCAGUUAAAAAUCAAAAAUAAUUUUGAACUCAACCAAAAAAUAUCCAGGUCAAGUAGCGUUGAAACCCUAGCAUUCACUUAAACAAUAAUACAAUCAUUCGAAUGUUAUCAAAAUAAUAUCUAUAAGUCAGCCUAUUUUUCUCAGCAUACAUUGUUCAUCUAUGUAAACACGAUUUAAAAACAUUUAGGAGUUUACAUUAUGCAUUGAUUCAGAAUCAUGUCGCUAGUCGAGACCGCGACGGCCAGUCGUACAGCACUUUACAAUGAAAUUAAUAUUGUUCGCCCUGCUGGGUUCGUGUUUUAUCGAAACCUUAAACGCUCGACUUAUAGAAAAGAACACGGACCGAACAUUGACGACUGAAUCGAAAACGACCGGUUCUAGCCCACCGAUACGACUCACGAGGGACGUGUUCGAAGAAGACGUACUCACAGGAUUCUCGAAAGAAGACAACAUUCAGAGUGAUGAGUUCGUCCGAUCAUACAACAGGAGGCCGAGGCACUUCUUCAAGGCGAAGGGUCCGGGCGGCGACCCGCCAGCCGGGGCCCGGGUCGUGAGGGAGUCCAGCGAGAAGACCGAGAAGGCCGACAAAACUACGAAGACCACCUCCACGACAUCCACCACUUCGAUGAAACCGAAACCUUCGCUCGUGAAGAAACCGAUCCCGAAAUACAACGAAAUGGACUACGACGACGACUUCCAAAUGAAGAUCAGCCGAUCGCCGGUGAGGGUCAUCGACUCCGGCGAACACGAAGACGAGGACUUCAACCUCGACGACUACGACUUUGACGUGAACCACGACGAGUUCAUCGGCCGAGGCAAGCCGCUAGAGCCGAGGACCAAGCACAAAGAGCUGCAGGACCCCUUCAGCCACCCGUCCGGGAAGGCUGAACCGAAAUCUCCUCCCACGCCUCCAGAAGUGAAAACCCAAAGUAAAUUAGUUUCACCCGCUGCUCAUCGCCUUUCUAAUAAGAAGGAAAGAGCAGUGGAGGCGCCGCCGAAGCACAAAUCAGAAAAGGAUGACUACUACGAUGACACGUCCAGCACCAAAGUUCCUGAGAAAAACAAGAAUCGCGAUGCGGACGAGGAGCCCAAUGAUGACAACGAAGAAAGUAAAGAGUUUGAAGGUGCCUGACAAAAAUAGAGCAGACGAACUCAUCAGUGGCCGAAUGGACCCCAGGACCGGCAAACGUAUUCCUUAACUCGCUUGACUAAUCCGCAUAGGUUACACCACGUUGUUAUGUCAUCACAUUGCGAAUAUGGCCCAUCAAAUUAAACUGGAUGACGUAGUACAUUAAUUGUGAAAAUCGAAUUGACUAGAAAUAUAUUAAUUUUAAUAGUGGAAUCUUCAUUAGUAUAAAUAAUAUUGGUUUAUUGUUCGAAUCUUAGUUUACGACAAAUUAUGGAGUGAUGUAAUAAAACACGUAAGGCAUUUUCAAA